AAGUUGGUAGCGAUGUAACAGCAGGCACAUGAACAACAACAACAGUAAUAAUCUUUGGGCUUCUGACAAACAAAACCGGAGGCUCACAUUCAACACCUCAAAGGUUAACGGUCCCACCUCCAUCUGGGUACAUGCAACAUGUCCCUCGCAUCUAAGACCCUCUGGAGGGCUGGACCGCUGCCAAAACCUUUAGCCUCAAUCGUCCACUUUCGACAAUCCGGAAACCUAUUGUACCAACCACAGUCACGGGACAAUUCAACGAUUUCCCGAGGCAAACGCAUACAUAUUGCUGGUGCACAUCAUUUACAGACACUCAUUGCCAAUGCUCUCGCCCAAUCUGCAAAUCCCAGAAAAAACCCAAUAACCCUGAUGGUACCCCGCAAUCAGUAUAUCCAGCAUUAUGUGGAUACCGAAGGCAAGCUUCAAAUCAUCAGAAAUGGCGUGGCCAUGACCGUGGUAGGAGCUGUUGACAUAGAAGUUCUCCCUUUUGAAAUGGAAUCAAGUGUUCCCGCGCAAACAUUUCCUCCUGCCAAAAGCCUAAGGUUCAAACGUCUAUUGAUGGAUACUGGCCCGGAUGAAGAAGCUUUUUCACUCGAUGAUCUCCCCUCGCUACUUGAGAAUGGACCUAUCCUUGAAGAGAAAAAGAGAUCGAAGAAGCCGGCUCGAUUACCAAUCUCAGAUAUCAAGAUCUACGAUCUAUCAUAUUUUCUCGAAUUGCACUCAUUACUCUGUGAUCCGAUAACGCCAAGUAGGAAUGUGGUAACGGAACAAGUAGCAGAAAUUCGGCCACCGCCAAAAGAGUCAGAAAUCAAGGCUGUGCCUGUGACUCAGUUGGCCAAAAUCAAUACUGAUCCUAUUGAUCACUUAAUCUUCGCUGAGCGACCUAGGGAACUGAUCAGUUUUUUCAGCAACAUUAAAGAUAGACUUCAUCCAUCCUCUGUGGUGAUGGUAAUUGGAAACAAUCCCGGUCUAGUUCAAACUCUAUACGACGAAGUGUUUCCCGAUGUAUCAAAACGACCCAAUUUCGUCGAAUGUGCUAAUGGGGUGUAUAUGGGUGAAGCCGCCAUCGAAGGGUUUUGGGAUUCGCUUCGCUCCGUCUCGUUAAACGUAGCACAACUCUCAGUAGGGCCACUGGCACGAACUGUAGACGAUGGUCAGAGUCCAGGUGAGGUGGAAAGGAGAGAGGAGGAAGCUAAGUAUCUUGUUGAGAGAGUACUCAAAGCACCUACACUUGGCGCGACACCUAUAAGCAGGGCUGUACUAGAAAGAUAUAAAUUGAGGAAACUGGUCACACGAUCUGUCGUUUAUCCUCUCACGGUUGCGUUCAAUUGUAUGAUGGGUGAAAUAUUUUCAACUGAAGAACGAGUGGCAGAAGCCCGGCUUUUAUUUGAGGAAGCUUGUGCAGUAGUGCAAGCCGUGGAUCCAGUAUUGACCCCCCAGAUUCUGUUAAAUAACUUACUAUGGGCAGUGGUCAGAGCACCAAACAUACGUCCUGUUAUGUUAAAGCGUGUCGACCUUGGUCAUGACACGAAUGUUGAUCUAGACAACGGUUUCAUCAUAAAGUAUGGAAGGGGCAUGACUCCUACUCAUGAAAAGUAUACAAAAAUCGUCAAGGACAGAGCAACGGAAUCGGCAAGAGCUAUUGCAGCCGAAAAGGAGGAGACUGCGAGGGCAGAAGCGCGACUUAGAAUUGCAAAAGAGGUAGCCGCUAAGAGAAAGGAUGAGAGAGAAAAGAGACUCGAGUUCUUAGAUUCCAAGGAUAUCAUCGGAAAAAGCUUUAAGAGAUUAACCUUCGGGGAAAAGGUUGAGGCCCCGUUGAAUGUCCCAACUGAAGCAUACUUUAAAACUAGAACCCCUAUAGAGGCUGCGAGUGUUUGGGGAAACUUAGUAGCUCCUCCUAGCAAAAUAGUGAAGGAAGGAGAUGAGAGUGACCCGUCAGGUCAUGUUGAGAGAAAUGGAGAUGACGUAGAGAAAGCUAGCGAGUUAGGCCUAGACAAUGUGGGAAGUGGAGGUGAGGAGAAAGCACAGACAUAAAAUGCCUAAACAGGCUGAGGUGCAGGUGGAACGACGUAUGGGCAUGCGAAUGAACAAAACGUUAUGAAUUUCCACAAGAAAUGUUGUGGGUCACAGAAAUGGCGAUUCUAUAAUCUGGGAAUCUUCUCCUGGCUCCUGUUCGUCCAAGUGCACUGGAUGUCGCGAUCGGAUUGUCUUCCAAGUCUCCACGAAUUAGAUUGUGAGAUACUUUCUUGUGCCGAGGAGUUACGGCAUGGGACUAGAUCUUAUUUGCAGGCCAAAGAUAUAGAACUAAGUCAGCAUGCGAAUCAAUUCACACCUUUGGCUUCAUUUUAUUUUGUUGCGCUCAAGCCAACGUCUCUAUGUAACUGCUUUAGCCUAUCUAGUCAUUUCUAGAUAUGCAAUGGGAAAAGGUCUUGUUCAAGUAUCUUUAGCGAGUCAAUGAAUCAAAAUUACACCUUAGAUUAAUGGGAGUUUUGAUCGUCUUGGAUGUAUAUGUUACAUACCAGUGAGUAUAAUACAUUUUAAGUGAAGACUCGGAUUAUUAGAUGAUUCCUAUAAAGUAGAUGAGAUGAACGCAGGAUGAGUAGAAC